AUGGCGUGGACUGCAUCCGCUAUUCCCGAGCAAGAAUUCUGCGAGCCGUCGCCUGAUCUAGAUUCGAAGGCGGAAAAACUAGCGGAGAAGAUUCGCCAAAGCAAACACUUCAUUGCCUUCACCGGAGCAGGCAUCUCGACAUCAGCUGGCAUUCCUGAUUUUCGCGGUCCUGAUGGAAACUGGACUCUCAGAGCCCAAGGCAAGACAAGAACAGGCCCAACGACCAACACUCUCCAAGCGAUCCCAACUUUGACACAUAUGGCCCUCGUCGAGCUGCAAAAUCGAGGAUUCCUCAAAUAUCUGAUUAGCCAGAAUUGCGAUGGUUUGCACCGAAGGAGUGGUAUCUUACCGGAGCAUUUAGCAGAGCUUCAUGGCAACAGUAACCGUGAAUACUGCAAGAGCUGCGGAAAGGACUACAUCCGAGAUUUCCGCGCGGUGGCGACCUACGAAAAAUCAGACACCGAUCACCGCACCGGGCGCAAGUGUGCGUGCGGUGAUGAUCUCCACGAUAGCAUCAUAAAUUUUGGUGAACCUCUGCCAGAGAUCCCGCUGGACCUGGCACACCAUCAUGCCAAAUUGACUGAUCUCUGUCUGGUUCUCGGUUCGUCGCUCACCGUGACGCCCGCCUGCGAGAUUCCCGAGUCUGUCGCUCUUCGUCGGCCCAGGCGAUCUCUAGAGCCGGCUCUGGUCAUCUGUAACCUGCAGAAGACGCCACAGGACGAACUCUCACAGAUACGAGUAUUUUCGAAAACGGACGACUUAAUGGCCAGAGUCAUGGAUAAAUUAGGGAUCCCCGUCCCGUCGUUUAUUCUCCGCAGACAGAUCAAUAUUGCCGUCGAGGUGAACGGCAGAGGGAAGUGCCAAGUCAUUGUUCUCGGGGUCGAUACUGACGGCACGCCAGUGUCGUUUCUUCGAAGCGUCAGACUUCUCACUCACCGCCGCGUUUUGACGAAGGAACCGUUCUGUUUCACGCCGCAUGGGGGGAUCGAAACGGGGACCAAGCUGGACUUUGAGUUUGAGUUUAUGGGUCAUUACUGCGAACCCGAGUUGAUGCUCACGCACGAGUACAGUGGCGAUGCUGGCCAGAGUUUGUACCUGCUCGAAUACGACCCUAGCACUGGGCGGUGGACCGUUGCAAAGGAUGGAGGGGAGUUGCGAAAUGAAUGA